UGUCACUGGUCAUGAGUGUUGGUGAAACAGGCAAAGAUCACAUUUUAUUUUCUCUUGGUCUUUAUUUUCUUCUCUUUCCGCUGGACAGGAAGAGGAAGGAAUUGCUAUGAUGAUGUCAGUCAGAAUGGCUCCUCCCCUUGCUCUGAUCUUUCUGCUCAUGAUUCACAGGGUUUCUAGUGCUGAAUGGGGUGUGAAUUACAGACCUUCACACAUCUGUGCACUAAAGAACUCAUCAGUGAUAAUGAGCUGCACUUAUACAUACCCUACUGGAUAUCAGAUCAGGAAAGUGUUCUGGACCAAAAACCCUUUGAAGGUUAAAAAGCUCCGAGAUCUGUCUGAGGACCCUGAAUACAGUCAGAGGCUUCAGUAUCUGGGAGAUAAACAGAAGAACUGCACCAUCAGACUGAGUCAUGUGACACAGAAGGAUUCACACAUGUACUAUUUCAGAUUCAUCACUAAUAAAACUGAUGGCACAUGGCUUGGUAAACAGGGUGUAAAUCUUACUGUCACAGAUCUUCAGGUGGAGUCUCCUGAGACAGUGAAAGAGGGAGAUUCAGUCCGUCUGACAUGUAAAAGCAGCUGUGAUCUGACUGAAAGAGCAACAUUCAUCUGGUACAGAAACUCACAGCCAUUAACUGAGAGAAGAGACAGAAACAAUCAACUCCUGCUGCAGUCAGUCAGAAGAGAGGAUGCAGGCAGAUACAGCUGUGGUGUACAGGAACACACUUACAUCUCUCCUGCUGUUCAGCUCAAUGUCACCUACCCACCAAAGAUUGUCUCAGUGUCCAUCAGUCCAUCUGGUGAAAUAGUGGAGGGAGAUUCAGUGACUCUGAUCUGCAGCAGUGAUUCAAACCCUCCUGCAGAAAUCAGCUGGUUUAAAGGAAGAAAGUUUGUAGGAUCUGGAAGAAUCUACAGCAUCUCAAAGAUCAGCUCUGAUGACAGUGGAGAAUACAAGUGCAAGUCCAGCAAUAAAUAUGGAGAGAAAUACUCUGAUGCUGUGACUUUAAACAUAAUGUAUGCACCCAGGAAUGUUUCAGUGUUCAUAAAUGGAUCAGGUGAAAUAGUGGAAGGAGAUUCAGUGACUCUGAUCUGCAGCAGUGACUCAAACCCUCCUGCUCUGAACUUCAGCUGGUUUCAGGAGAAUCAAAUCUCCUCUGUUGGAUCUGGACAGAGUUUCAGUGCACUACAGAGUGGACGCUUCUGCUGUGAAGCUCACAAUCAACACGGAUCUCAGAGAUCAGAUGCUGUUACUGUCACUGUUAAAGGACGUCUGAUGAUAUUGUACAUAUCCAUUGGAGUGGUUUGUGGAGCUUCAGUUCUCAUCACAGUGCUGCUGAUUUGGAGAAACAGGGGGAAAAGGAUAAAAGACAAUCUUGAAAUUCAGUCAAAGAUGGAUCAUUCCAGACCUGAGGAUGACAGAUACAAAGCAUCUGAUGUUGAUACGACUGAACGUUUGUAUGAGAAUGUAAUAAUGAAUUAUUCCAGAGCUCAUGAUGACAGUCUUAAUGACUAUGAUGUUGAGUUGACUGAACCUGUGUAUGAGAAUGUAAUGAGUGAACACAGCAGUGUCUGAACGAUACCCCAGAUAGUCAUGCGGUCUGAAAGGAGCUGUGAUCUGACUAAG